AUGUCUGUUACCGCCUGCCAGGGCCUGGGCUUUGUGGUUUCACUGAUCGGGUUUGCAGGCGUCAUUGCAGCCACAUGUAUGGACCAGUGGAGCACCCAGGACUUAUACAACAACCCAGUGACGGCUGUAUUCAACUACCAAGGCCUAUGGCGUUCUUGUGUCAGAGAGAGCUCUGGCUUCACGGAGUGCCGAGGUUACUUCACCUUGCUGGGGUUGCCAGCCAUGUUGCAAGCAGUACGAGCCCUCAUGAUUGUGGGCAUUGUCCUGGGCGUCUUCGGUAUCCUAGUGUCCAUCUUUGCCCUGAAGUGCAUUCGGAUUGGCAGCAUGGAUGAUUCUGCCAAGGCCAAGAUGACCCUGACCUCAGGGAUCCUGUUCAUCAUCUCAGGAAUCUGUGCAAUUAUUGGUGUGUCUGUGUUUGCCAACAUGCUGGUUACCAACUUCUGGAUGUCCACAGCCAACAUGUAUAGCGGCAUGGGUGGGAUGGUGCAGACUGUUCAGACGAGGUACACCUUUGGUGCCGCUCUAUUCGUGGGCUGGAUCGCUGGAGGCCUCACACUAAUUGGGGGCGUGAUGAUGUGCAUUGCCUGCCGUGGCCUGACACCGGAUGACAGCAACUUCAAAGCUGUGUCUUACCAUGCCUCUGGCCAAAAUGUUGCCUACAGGCCUGGAGGCUACAAGGCCAGCACUGGCUUUGGGUCCAACAUCAGAAACAAGAAGAUCUAUGAUGGGGGUGCUGCCCGCACAGAGGAAGAUGAUCAAUCUCAUCCUACCAAGUAUGACUAUGUGUAA